CUCCCAAGUGCUAUUCUCCAGGAAGGUCAGUGGAUUUCCUCAGAGACAUUCUCUGGUCACUCAGUGAAGGAACAUUUCAGCACCAUGCAUGGCACAGAGAACAUUGAGCCUAAUCUGUACGAUGAAGGACGCAGAAACGUCCCCCGAGCUUAUUCCAAUGCCAAGGAAAGCGACGUCCAUGAGUUCAUACCUUUUGAAUUGGAGCCACGAGGUCCUGCUCCUUCUCAACAAGGAGUCCUACAGGUGACCCAGGUUGACAUGCUCUGGGAAAAGAACAUGGCUGAUCACCACACCAAACUGUUUUCUGGGGCACAUUUCGUCAUACGUAGGGGCCAGGAAUUCCAGGUGAAAAUCACCUUUAAUCGAGCCUACCAUCCUGACAAGGACAAGUUCCAACUGGAGUUUCGUAUCGGUUCCAGCCCAAAUCUGAGUGAAAAAACUAUUGCCAUAGUUUCUUCCUUCCCAAGUAAGAGAAAGCUGUGGAACGGCCAUUUGCUGAAAAACACUGGCAAUACUGUCCUGAUGGGCAUCACUCCAUCUGCCUCUUGCAUUGUGGGAAAAUAUUCCAUGUAUGUGGUGGUGAUCACAUCUGCAGGCCGCUUUAGGGACAAGAACCACUCUCAAGAAGUUUACAUUUUGUUUAACCCUUGGGCUCCACAUGACAUUGUGUUCAUGCCCAAUAACAAUGAGCAAGAAGAGUAUGUCCUGAACCAAGUGGGCAUGCUGUACUGUGGGGACAGUCAGAAUGUUUUGAGCAGACCCUGGAAUUAUGGGCAGUUUGAGAUGGGGAUUCUGGAUGCCUGUCUCUUUAUCAUGGAUAAGUGUAACAUUCCGCUGAUUUACAGAGGAGAUCCAAUCAAAAUUAUUCGACGCAUAUCUGACAAGCUGAACUCAAAGGAUGAUGAUGGCGUCCUGGUGGGGAACUGGAGUGAUGACUACACUUUUGGCACUGCACCCGCAUCCUGGGCAGGCAGUGUGGAGAUCCUGCUCUCUUAUGCCAGCAGUGGGAUUCCUGUGUGUUAUGCACAGUGCUGGGUGUUUGCUGGAGUCUUCAACACCAUUCUCCGGUGCCUGGGAAUUCCAUCACGGACUGUCACCGCUUACAAGUCUGCUCAUGACAAUUACGGCAACUUAAAGACAAACAUGAUUGUUGACCAGAGUGGGAGAUUUGAUAUGGAUUUCACUACGGAUUCCAUCUGGAACUUCCACUGCUGGAAUGAGGUCUACAUGGCCAGACCGGACCUCCCUGUGGGUUUUGGCGGCUGGCAGGUGGUUGAUGCCACCCCCCAAAACAAUGCUGAUGGCUACCACAGAUCUGGUCCUGCAUCUGUCUACGCGAUAAAGCAAGGCAUGAUCUGCUAUCCAUUUGAUGCAUCAUACAUGUUUUCAGAGGUGAACAGCGAUGUCAUAGUUCACCGACGAGAGCAAGACAACAGGCUGACAAAACUGUUUGUUGACCACGAUUUUGCGGGAGAGAAGGUUCUGACCAAGCAGAUUGGUCAGAAUAUCUGGACUGACAUCACUAACCAGUACAAAUAUCCUACAGGAAGCUCAGAAAGGCAGGAGGCCUUGCGGAUCGCUGAGAGUUACGGAUGUUCUCGGGAUCAGCGGGAUUUAUCCAAGGCGGAUGUGAAGAUAAAGGCCACAUUACCAGAUACAGAGAUCGGCAAGGACUUCAAGCUGAGCAUUGAGUUGGAGAACUUGGGGAAAUCCUUGUACAACAUCGACGUUUCCAUCACUGGCAACGUCGUUUACUACACGGGGGUCUUGGGUCCCCAGUUCAAGUUCAAGAAUUUCCUGGUGAAGGUGGAUCCUUCUAAAACGGUAACUGAACAUGUAGAAGUGAAGGCUGCAGAGUAUAUGGGCAAGCUGCUGGAUCAGUGCUCCCUGAAUUUCUUGGUCUUGGCAGAAAUCAAAGAAACGGGGCAGGUUGUCACCACCAUGCAGCACGCGAACCUGCAGGCCCCGAAACCUGCGCUAAAGAUGUCAGGCAGCUACAAGCUGAAAGAGGAGAUGACAGUCACCCUGCAAUUUACCAACUCUCUGAAAUUUGAUCUGGAGAACAUCGCUGUUAAGAUGGAAGGGCCGGGGGUUUUUCAGACGAAAAAUAAAAACUACAAACUCAUUGCCAGAGAUUCCUCCAUCACCUGGACUGAGUCCUUCACCCCAGAUACGGAGGGUCAGAAGACUCUGAUCGCCUGUCUGGACUGUGCCUUCCUCAGGCAGGUGUUCUGUCAUGUGGAUUUCACCAUCAAUCCUUAAGACCACGAUCCAAAACAUGCCGUAUCAGCAGUGCUUCUUUGUUUCGCUGUUCUUUUCGACUCAGAUCUGUCUUUCAUCAUUAUAUAAUCUUCACUACUCCAAUUAAUUUUGAAUCUCAGACAGUCUGGGGCCAUAUGCAACCUACAAAUGGGUGCAAUUCUUACAAAACCCAGGCUGUUACAGAUUUUUAUUCCAUGGUAAAUCAAUAUUGAAUAUUUACAUCUACAUUUUUGAAUAAUCUCUUCAUAGUUAGUAAAAACUCUUCAUUGUACUCUGGUCAAGACACCAGUGUUUCAUGAAAGCAAAACAUAUCAGAAUAAGCCAUCAGAAAUCUACCAUAGCUACCCUGUGUUUUCCUUGGCAUGAUUCAGACGAGAUUGUCCAAUAUAAUGGUUAAGCCUCCUGAUUUACAUUUCUAUUAGCUGAUUAAAACCUCUGCCUGCUUUGCUUUUGAUUGAUA